CGGUCGUCGAAUUUAGUUGGAAGCGGGCGCAUCGUCGGUCUGGCAUAUAUCGAAACUGCAGUUGCAUUAUUUUAACAUUUUUACUCGUAACCAAUAAAGAAGCGUAUGUUGUUGCUGCGCGCGUGAAGUCGAAUUGUAUAGAAGUAUCGGAAAACGACAUUAUAAAAAACCAUAAAGAAUACAUAAGUGCACUUUGGCGUUUUAUUACUUUUACAUAUUUUCGGUAGCGCGCGCGCGGUGAAAUUUCCCACGUAAAACCACAAAAUCACAACUCUCAAAAAAUAAGUUGAAGACGUUGCCAACGUUACGCACGCGUACAAAUACCAUUUACCAAUAAAAAAUACAGCUAUAAGUGCUUUGAUAUGCGAAGAAUGCUGAUUUAAGUGAAAGUAUAAGAAAAUCGAAUAAAACACAAUAAACAAAGCCGAUUUUAGGCAAUAUAAGGCUCAACUACCUGUUCUGCAACAAAUACAUAAACAGCAACAACAACAACACCGAGAUCUAACUGUUGCGCUUCGCCGGCUAUCUUCGUCUCUCUCUCUCUCCUUAGACUGCGCGCGAGUGUGUGUGUGCUCCUGUAUUUUCACCGUUCAAUUGUUGUUGUGGCUUUUCGCCAAGUGCAAAUAAUUCGUUUUUGUUUUGUUUUUAACCAAAUUCAUGUUCAGCUAACGGUUAAAGCCACUCGUCUGCUCCAAUUGGAUACGCAAAUAUAUUAUUUCAACAGCUGCAGUACGCUUUCCACCAAAAUGGCACCAAUGCCCCGAAUUCAGUUACCCAAUGGAAAUUCUUCCAUAAAGGCUAGCACAAAUGAUUUUCUGUUUGCGGAAACAAUGUCCGGUGACAGUAGUCCCACGCCCAGCAGUCCGCCGUCCAGUACAGCAGGCGUUGCCAAAUCUCAGUGUUCUUCCCUUUCGGAUGGCGAAUCCUUUGAGGGAUAUGGCGAAAAUGAGUAUCCCACGCAACUGCGCGAAGCCCGCAGCUCCAAUUCCAAUGGAAGCCAUAAUAUCAGCAAUCAUAUUAACAAUAAUCCUAAUAUCAGCGUGGGUAACCACAGUGGACACAACCACAGUGGACACUCUAACGAUGGAAAUAACAACUUAAAUGGCAGCACUGGCGUCGAACUCGAUUUGGCUCCACAUGUCGGUUCAUCAACACCUCAAGAUGAUGACGAACUAAACAUAAUGCCCCGGGACAAUUGGGCCAGGCGCAGUCUGCGACGAACUCCCACCAGCAAUCCUGAUAGUUUAUCCCAGCGUCGUUGGGGAUCCAUGAGACAUUCCGGCCGCAGGCAGAUUAGUUCAAAUGCCUUAGCCAGCCAACUCUAUAGAUCAUCGAGCUUUAACUCAUCGGGCCGUAGCUCCAACUGUGAUACAACAGAAGACAUGUACAGCGACAUAAGCUUGGAGAAUCGUCAUGACUACGAUUAUAGGGUAAGCAAAACAAUAGCCAAACACAAACUACCUCGAGCACUCUUAUCUUACCAAUUCCACUUGCUGGAACUGCUGCAGCGCAAGGUGGACGAUCUGUCAGAUACACAGAAUAUAGCUGAGGAUCGGACGACCCGCACCAAGACCGAAUAUGCAGUCCUUCAGGCGCGUUAUCACAUGCUCGAAGAGCAGUACCGAGAGUCGGAACUACGUGCCGAGGAGCGCUUGGCCGAGGAGCAGAAGCGGCACCGCGAAAUUUUGGCCCGCGUGGAGCGUGAAGCCUCGCUGCAGAACGAGAACUGCCAGAUGAAGAUCCGUGCCACCGAGAUCGAAGCAACGGCACUGCGGGAAGAGGCCGCUCGACUGCGUGUCCUGUGUGACAAGCAGGCCAAUGACCUGCAUCGCACCGAGGAACAGUUGGAGCUGGCGCGCGAUCAAAUUGGCGUCCUGCAACAGGAACUCGAGGAGCAGACACAGGCACUACGCCGCCACGAACAGGAGAAGAAGUCCACCGAGGAGCUGAUGCUGGAGCUGGGCCGAGAACUGCAGCGUGCACGCGAGGAGAGUGGAGCCCGGGCAAUGCCGACCACAUCGCCGGAGAGCAUAAGACUGGAGGAGCUUCACCAGGAGCUCGAGGAGAUGCGCCAGAAGAAUCGAACCCUCGAAGAACAGAACGAGGAGCUGCAGGCCACGAUGCUGACCAAUCAGGCCACCAUGCUGACGAAUGGCGUGGAGCAGGGUCGCCAUCUGCUGAACGGGACCCUCAACAGUUUGGCCCAGGAGCUGGAGGAGAUGUCACAAGCCCAGGAUUCUGUGGAUUCAGCCACAUUAGCAUCCUUAAGUCAGCUUCAACAGGCCUUCCAGGAAAAGGAGGAUGAAAAUGUUCGGCUUAAGCACUAUAUUGAUACCAUUCUACUCAACAUCGUGGAGAACUAUCCUCAAUUGCUGGAAGUCAAGCCCAUGGAGCGAAAGUAGUGAACCCCACUGAAAGAACAAACCAACCCUAGGCACUCGACAGAGUGCCAAAACCACCUAACAUUACCUAAAAUUAAUAAACUAACUAAACCAUACUCUACGUUAACUUUUUAAGCAUACAUGUAUUUAUGCCUAAUUUAAGUCGUAAUUUAUUUUAUAACAAUUUAAUGUAGAUUUUUAAACCAAAACAACGCAGAGAACACAAAGAUUGCAUGUCAAAAUGAUAAAAAAAGUCCUUAAUUCGAUUAGAUUAUGUUUUGUAUAGAGUCUAAAAUUGUGUAAAAGUUUAUUUUCCUUCGUUUCUAGUUUGCGUUUUGUAUAGUUCGUGUUGUUGAUCCAUAAAGAUAUUAAUUAUAAAUAUUGUUAGAUUUUAAGUCGGAAAAACUCUUUCACUCAAUAAUGAAAUGGAACCCAAUAAUUUAUCGAUAAUUGCCAGAAAAUCUGAUUGUGAAUGUGUAUAGCAUAAAGAGAUUUUAUGAACUGUUGAUGCUUGAAAGGAAAUAUUUCCAAUUUCGUUAUGGCAGCUAAGAAGGUUUUUGCUAGGACAAGUGCUCCAUUUUUUCCUUCUAUCCAUAUUUUGCGCUCUCAGGAAAGAUCUUCCUUAGUUUGCCUGUAAUGUAGUUACAAAAAUCUAUCAAAAAAUUUGCGUUUAUGGUAUGGACAAUCCCAGGAUACGAAGACGGAGUUUUAGUUUGAUGUGAGUCUAAAUGAGAGCAAUUAUCACGAAGAGUUAUGCAAUUCAGAAUUAAUCCAAUUAAUCCACACACAUAUGUCAAUGUAUAGCACAGUUAAAACUAAUCUUACUCUGCAAAUAUAACAACAUUAAAUGGACAUAAUAUGCAAACGUUUAGGGAUGACAUCGAUGUGUAAUCGUUAAUCAAAAUUUUAUUGCCUUAAACUGAUGUUUUAAAAAAUGUACUAAGGCUUAGAUAACUCUAACAAAAAAGUCCAUAAGGUUUAAUGACAUGCUGCGAAAUAUGUAAUUUUAAAUGUAAUUUACUAGAUGCAAGUCGCUGAACUUAUAUCAAAAUAAAAAGAAGAAUAUUUUAUAAACACAG